UUUUAAUGAGGUGUACAGUGGUCAACAAGUGCUUUGGAACGAUUUAGUGUAAUUGUACAAAUGUUUAUUUAAUUUAAGAUUUAUGUUUUUUUUUUUUUUAGAAAAUGAAGAUUCAUUAUCUGGUUGUGAUAUCAGCGUGUUUUCUAUCCAUCAGCAGCAGCUGCAAUGUUGCCUCAUUCGGCUACAGUUCAUCUUACUACGAUGACUACAACACUGGACCCCAAGUCGGCUUUGGCUUCGGCCCUGGAUUUUUCGGAUACACAGGGGGAUUCGGACUAGGCAGCCUGGGUUUGCUCUUGGCAAUGUUGAUGAGUCGUAACCACCACCCAUCCCCGAGAGUCGUGCACCACCAUCAUCACCACUACUACAAGGAGAAACCUGGGGGAGGUUUUGAUUACCAAUACAAAAAUGGGGGUCCAAAGGAGGGUCAAAGUUCCUACGGCCAAGAGGGUCAAAAGUGGGGUCAAAGCUCCUACGGCCAUGAGGGUCCAAAGUGGGGUCAAAGUUCGUACGGCCCCGGUGGCCCUACAGAUCCUGGAGCAAGAGGACCAAAAUCUGAUGGACCAUUUUCUAAUUUCUUUAAGAAUAUGUUCCAUCGAAGAUAGAUAGCUAGAAAUAAGAUGAAAUUAUGAUCAAACAUCAAAUACACUCUUUGAACUAGGUACAGAGUCAAAUUAUUCAUCAAAGUCAGAGUCUUAAGUGCAUUUGUAUGCAUUGGUGACUGGUGAGUCGGUAGCUCAGUAAGUAGCGUGGGCCGUGACAGCAAGGCAGUGAUGUCAGAGGUUCUCGUAUUUAAUGGUACAGUUUAUUAAAUUGCUUUUACCAUUAAAUUGGUAGUUUUUAAUGGCAACUGUCAAUGUUUACAAGUAUUUUUAUGAAAUGAACAACUACAAUGAAUGAAUCUUAAGUAGUUAUUAGAUCAUCUGAUCGACUUUUACAAAAAUUUAAUAAAACAGUUUUUUGUGUCUUGU